AUGCAACGUUCAAUAUCUUCUUCCAAAAAUGUAUGCAACCAAAUUCUCCGGCUCGGGAAACAACUCGAGCCGGGGAUGAAUAAAUAUCGCGCACCGUGCGAUAUUUUUAUAAAUCAUAGGGGAAUCGAUACGAAGCGAAAUGUCGCGGGGUUGUUAUACGAACAUAUUAAAAAUAAUCUCGGGCUUCGUCCGUUCUUGGAUAGCAAGAACAUGAAGCCCGGGGAUAAGUUGUUCGAUAAAAUCGACCCCGCGAUUCGCCAUUGUAAAAUUGGGGUGGCUAUAUUUUCACCUCAAUAUUGUGAUUCGUAUUUUUGUUUACAUGAAUUGUCUCUAAUGAUGGAAUCAAAAAAGAAGAUCAUACCUGUUUUUUGUGAUGUUAAGCCUUCUGAGCUUGCUGUUAAGGACUUGAAUCUUAAUUUUCCUAAUAAAGAUUUGGAGAAAUUUAACUUGGCUCUUGAGGAGGCAAAAUACACCGUUGGACUCACAUUUGAUACCUUAAAAGGGGAUUGGUCAGAAUUUUUGGUAAAAGCUUCAGAUGCAAUAAUGAAGAACUUGUACGAGGUAGAAAGAGAGAAGUUUAUCAACAGAAAAAAAUAUAUUCGCAGACAACAACUUUUGCAUAAUUAUUGAUCAAAAGUAAAAAAAGAUAUAUAAUAUAAUAAAUUCGAGCCAGAAGAAAUUGUUCAGGUGAUAAAUAUCUUCGAGGCUCAAGCCACUUAAGAAGCACAAAAAAAGUGGAAGCAUAAAAUAAAAUCUAAUAAAUUCUCAUGCAUUCAUUUGUUUUUAUUAAUUAGUUCAAAUUCUUUUUUUAACAGAAGUCCUUUAAUUAGGAAGACUCAAAGGACUUGU